AUGGUAUUUAAUAUUACUUUAUUUAUUCAUAUACUAAUUGUGUAUUCAACUAAUAUCAAAUAUUCACCAAUAAUGCUUAAAUCAAUUUUAAUCUUGUCAAUAUUAUCUAUUGUAUUUUCAUUGGUCAAAGUUAAAUGUGCUGUGGUGGCAUCUGAAAAUGAAAUGGAUCGAUACCCAUUUAUGCCUUAUGAGUUACCAUAUGCACACGAUGAACUUGAUCAAUAUUAUUAUCCAAAUCUACGUGAUUCAUUAGUUCGACGUCUUAUGAAAAGAAAAUAUUAUAUAUCACAAAGACUUGACUGUAUUAUUAAAAUAAUAAAUAGAUUAAUUACAUCAUGUUAUCAUUUAAUUCAUAUAGAGAUACAUUUAUCAUUUCAAAAGAAACAAAAUGCAAAGAAACAAUGUAAUUGUAUUAUGAUUAAAAAAACUGCAAAAUAA